GCAAAGUUUAUAUGUCAUUAAAAAGGAUUUGGUUUUUGGGAAAACAGUGUGUGUGUGUGUGGUGAGAAGACACAGAGAUUGAGGGAUUUGGCAAUGGAGACUGCCAUUAGCCGUCGACUCGCUCCUUCCCCUAACCAUGGCCUUCUUCAAUCCAAACCAGGUGACAAAUACCUGCUUCAUAAACAAAGCACAAAAUGGAUCACAGUUAUGACAAUGGCGCCUCCAAGGCUGGAAAAGGGUGCUGGGGUGUUAGAUAAGCCAGUAAUAGAGAAAACAACUCCUGGAAGAGAGUCUGAGUUUGACUUGAGGAAAUCAAGGAAAAUGGCACCACCAUAUCGAGUGAUGCUACACAAUGACAACUACAACAAGAGGGAAUAUGUUGUGCAAGUGUUGAUGAAGGUUAUACCUGGAAUGACAGUUGACAAUGCAGUUAAUAUCAUGCAAGAGGCACACAUCAAUGGGUUGUCUGUGGUGAUUGUGUGUGGGCAGCCAGAUGCAGAAGAGCAUUGCACACAGCUCAGAGGGAAUGGGCUUUUGAGUUCAAUUGAACCGGAUAGUGGAGGGUGUUAGAAAGGUGAGUUAGUAAGUUAAGUACAUGAUGGGUCUAGUGACACUAUAGUCAGUCAUCUGUGAUUUGUAAGUACUAGGAUUAUGGCUAUAUCAAUGUCAAUAAUGAAAAAGAAUGAUAUUAUAUAUAUAUAAUAUAUUGAAUAUGAUAAGACUUUUAUAA